AUGGCGGACGCAGAGACGGCGGCGGCCCCCGCGUCGGACGCGCGGGCUGGCGGGCGGGCGAGCAGGCGGCUGGGAGGGCGGCGGCACCGACUUCCCAGCGCGCCGCGGCCGGGCGCUCCCUAUAAAGGCCCCACAGGAAACAGGCCACAACCAUCCAGAGGGAUCAGGGUCCUGAUGGAGGGUGCUGUGCCCAAUGCCGACCGGGGAGGUCACGGCCAGCUCCUCAGAGGAGGACGUUUCAAUCGCAUUGGACUGAACAAUGUGCUCAGCGCGGGCGCGCGGGCGGCCGGCCGUGCGUACACGCGCUGCUGCGCGCGGCCGUGUCCCCGCGGCGGGCCCUCGGGCAACCCGCCGCUGCUGGCCCCGCCGCCGCCCGGGGAGCGGGGGUGGGGGGACACCCUUCCCGGCCCGGAAGCUGCCACCCUGCGCCUCCCGGGAAAUGGGGACAGUCGAGGCAUUCCCGCCAAGGUGGCUGGGCACAGUUCCCGGCCUGGCCCCGCCCCCCUGCCCGGAGUGCCCGCGAGAGGCGGCCGCGCCGCGUUUGUCCCUCGGCGACCACCGUCGUCCGGGCCGGCGCCUGCCGCGCGCGCCGCCUGCCUCGCUCCCGCGCGCUCUCCACCCCACGCCGUGCGUGCCUUGCGUGCUUUGCGUGAGCGUGCGCGGGCGCGUCGGCCGGCAAGGGAGCAGCAAACGGCCGGCGGCGGGCGCCGCGCGGGGGGCGGGCGGCGCGGAGGAGGCGGCAGUGGCCAUGGCCGAGGCGUCGCCGCAGCCCGGACGGUACUUCUGCCACUGCUGCUCGGUCGAGAUCGUGCCGCGCCUGCCGGUGGGGAGUCCGAGGCUUGCAGCCAGGAGGUGACGUUUGAGCAGAGACCCGACUUCCGAGAGGGGGCAAGCCAGGAUUACAUCUGCCCCAGGUGCGAGUCUGGUUUUAUUGAGGAGCUUCCAGAAGAGACCAGGAGUACAGAGAAUGGGUCCGCCCCCUCCACAGCCCCCGCGGACCAGAGCAGGCCACCAUUCGAGAACGUGGACCAGCACCUGUUCACGCUGCCGCAGGGCUACGGCCAGUUUGCUUUCGGCAUCUUUGACGACAGCUUCGAGAUCCCCACGUUCCCCCCUGGGGUGCAGGCCGAUGAGGGCAGGGACCCCGAGAGCCGGCGGGAGAGAGAGCAACACUCCCGGCACCGGUAUGGUGCCCGGCAGCCCCGCGCCCGCCUCACUGCACGGCGGGCCACCGGCCGGCACGAAGGCGUCCCUACGCUGGAAGGGAUCAUCCAGCAGUUGGUCAAUGGUAUCAUCACUCCUGCCAGCAUCCCCAGCCUGGGCCUGGGCCCCUGGGGUGUCCUGCACUCAAACCCAAUGGACUACGCCUGGGGGGCCAACGGCCUGGAUGCCAUCAUCACGCAGCUCCUCAAUCAGUUUGAAAACACAGGCCCCCCGCCUGCAGACAAAGAGAAAAUCCAGGCCCUCCCCACCGUCCCCGUCACCGAGGAGCACGUAGGCUCCGGGCUGGAGUGCCCCGUGUGCAAGGAUGACUACGGGCUGGGGGAGCGCGUGCGGCAGCUGCCCUGCAGUCACCUCUUCCACGACGGCUGCAUCGUGCCCUGGCUGCAGCAGACCCGACCCGGGAGCGCGCCGGCAGCCCCCGCCGCCCGAAGACGCCGGAGCUUCCCCGAGCGUGAAGACCGCAGCCGCCGGAAAAGCCCUGUCCGCGGGGCCGCUGACCGCGCAUGUUUGCGUGGCUAUGGGGACCAGCUGCCUCCACCGACCGCACCUCGCGGUGAGGGCUCGGGCGCUGGGAGUGCGGCAGCCACGGCCGCCCCGGGUCCCACCGAGCCCCUGGAGGAUGCUGGCACGGGGCCCCCGUGGCCUGCACGUGGCACCCACUCCCACUCCCAGCCCUGCCCGCCCCACGGGAGUGCAGGAACUCUGACCGCGGUUGCAGUGCAAGCAGCUUCAGACCCCCCCGCGCGCAUGCGCGCGCCUCUGUGUUUGCUCUAA